GGGCUCCGGGCCGGAAUUGGGGGUGAAGCUCCAGCGCUGUGCCCACAUUCGGGGCGCGCGGAGCAGAGGGGUCCCUGGGGGACGCCCGGAGCUAAGAUGGCGUCCGCAGCCGAGGGGGACAUGGAAGCCGAGCUGACGAGGGGGCUGCAGUGGGGUUUCCAAGACCUGAGCCUUAACAAGUUGGCGACGUCCCUGGGCGCGUCAGAACAGGCGCUGCGGCUCAUCAUCUCCAUCUUCUUAGGUUACCCCUUGGCUUUAUUUUAUCGGCGUUACCUUUUCUACAAGGACAGCUACCUCAUCCACCUUUUCCACACCUUUACGGGCCUCUCAAUCGCUUAUUAUAACUUUGGAACCCAGCUCUACCACUCCCUGCUCUGCAUCGUGCUGCAGUUCCUCAUCCUCCGGCUGAUGGGCCGAACCAUCACCGCUGUGCUCACCACCUUCUGCGUCCAGAUGGGCUACCUUCUGGCCGGAUAUUACAACACAGCCACCGGCACCUACGACAUCAAGUGGACGAUGCCACACUGUGUCCUGACCUUGAAGCUGAUCGGUCUGGCUAUCGACUACUAUGAUGGAGGGAAGGAUCAGAAAUCCCUGACCUCCGAGCAGCAGAUAUAUGCCAUACGGGGUGUCCCCUCCCUGCUGGAAGUCGCUGGCUUCUCCUACUUCUAUGGAGCCUUCCUGGUGGGGCCCCAGUUCUCCAUGAACCACUACAUGAAGCUGGUGCGGGGAGAGCUGACUGAUGUCCCAGGGAAGAUACCAAACAGCACCAUACCUGCUCUCCGGCGCCUGGCCCUGGGCCUGGUCUACCUAGUGGGCUACACCCUGCUCAGCCCCCACAUCACCGAAGACUAUCUCCUCAGCGACGACUAUGAAAACGGCAGCUUCUGGUUCCGCUGCAUGUACAUGCUGCUCUGGGGCAAGUUCGUGCUGUACAAAUAUGUCACCUGUUGGCUGGUCACGGAAGGCGUGUGCAUUCUGACGGGGCUGGGCUUCAAUGACUUCGACGAGUAUGGGGCCGCCAAGUGGGAUGCCUGCGCCAACAUGAAGGUGUGGCUCUUUGAAACCAACCCCCGCUUCACGGGCACCAUUGCUUCUUUCAACAUCAACACCAACGCCUGGGUGUCCCGCUACUUCUUCAAGCGACUCAAGUUCCUUGGAAAUAAAGUUCUAUCCCAGGGCCUGUCAUUGCUAUUCUUGGCGCUCUGGCACGGCCUCCACUCAGGGUACCUGGUCUGCUUCCAGAUGGAGUUCCUCAUUGUUAUUGUGGAGAGACAGGCUGCCAGCUUGAUUCGAGACAGCCCGGUCCUGAGCAGGUUGGCCUCCAUCACCGUCCUGCAGCCCGUCUACUAUCUGGUGCAGCAGACCAUCCACUGGCUCUUCAUGGGUUACUCGAUGACCGCUUUCUGCCUCUUCACGUGGGACAAGUGGAUGAAGGUGUACAAGUCCAUCUAUUUCCUUGGCCACGUCUUCUUCUUGAGUCUACUAUUCAUAUUGCCUUAUGUCCGUAAAGUGAUGGUGCCGAGGAAAGAGAAGUUAAAGAAAAUGGAGUAAUUCCUGGUGGCCCACAGCAGGACUGGCACACCAACGGCCCGCCUCCCUUUGCAGCACUCCUCCCUGGAGCACAGAGAACCAGAAACCAGGGUUUGGGAAGACGGGGCUCCCCAGCUGUGCCUCUGCCGCCGGCCACAUCUCCAUUUGGGGCCAAAGGGGAAACUCUCAUGGGAGGAGCAGAGGGGCCCACAUCCCUCCUCUGGGCUCCCCCAUGCACGUUGCCUUAUCUCUUCCCCCUCUAGCCAGGAACUUGUGUUUUUCUUCUGCCAAUUUACUAUGAUUGUAUCUGUGCCGCUGCCUCCACCCCCCCAUGGGGGGAAGGGAGGGGCAAGGCGCCGCCUGCUCCACUUUUCUACCUUGGACUGACUGUACCACAUAAAAUCACUUCAGUUCGUUUGGUUUUUCA